AUGGCCGUGCUGGGCGCCGAGGGCUGAGCGCGGCCGCCGCAGGACCCGCCGCCACCGGAGCCCGCCGCCAGCCUCGGGCUAAAGCUGCAUCCUGGGACAUGGCCACAGCUUCACCCAGAUCUGAUAGAAGUAAUAACCUUAAUGGAAGAUCGCCACUACAGGUGACUGUUUCUAGUGCCAAAUUGAAAAGAAAAAAGAACUGGUUUGGAACAGCCAUCUAUGCAGAAUUAUUAGUAGAAGGAGAAAUUAAGAAAACUGCAAAAUCAAGUAGCUCUUCUAAUCCAAAAUGGGAUGAACAAUUAACUGUGAAUGUGACCCCACAGACUACGUUGGAAUUUAGAGUGUGGAGUCAUCACACUUUAAAAGCUGAUGCAUUAUUAGGAAGAGCAACUGUAGAUUUGCAACAAGCUUUAGAAGUCCACAAUAGAAAAUUGGAAAGGGUGAAAGAGCAUUUAAAACUCUCCUUGGAGAACAAGAAUGGUGUAGUGCAAACUGGUGAACUAACAGUUGUGCUUGAUGGAUUGGUGGAUGAACAAGAAAGUCUAACAAAUUGCACUUCAGCUGCAACCAUAGAAGUACAGCAGAAUGGUGAAGCAUUACAUGAAAACAGAGACAUUUCCACAAGAACUACAACCAGGUCUACCACUGAAGUUGCUAAUGGAAUAGAUAAUCAUGCACCUACAAACUCUGUAGUACAAAACCCAUUCUGUGUACAUGUAGUUAAUGGAGACAGCACACCCUCAUCUCCUUCUCAUGUUGCAGCCAGACCCAAAAAUGUACCAGCUCCCAAACCACUUACAUCUCAGCCUGCAACCAGCACUGUUAAUGGGGACUCAUCUUCGUCGGCCGCAGCAGAAAAUACGUCCACCCCUGGGACAUUAUUGGGUUCAGAAGAAACUCCAAUGUCUACAGAUUGCACUACUACCACUACUACAGAUCCUCCAAAUCCGGAAGUCCCUGGUGUCUCUGAAAACAUUGCCUCUGCUGCUUCCACCAGUACUGCAAUGGGAUUUGAAACUGUAAACACAAUAGACUCGGCGGCCUGCAGUUCUAGAAACAAUUCUGUAGUUGAAGCAGCCAAACCAAGACAGUCUUCCACUGUGUCUGAGGAACCUGUAAGGCAGCAGCCUGGAAAUGCCAGUGUAGAACCUUUGCCCCCAGGAUGGGAACAGAGGAAAGAUCUCCAUGGUAGAACCUAUUAUGUUGAUCACAACACACGAACUACAACAUGGGAGAGACCACAGCCUUUGCCUCCAGGUUGGGAGCGACGAGUUGAUGAUCGCGGAAGAGUUUACUAUGUGGACCAUAAUACCAGAACAACAACUUGGCAGCGGCCGACUAUGGAAUCAGUCAGGAAUUUUGAACAGUGGCAGUCGCAACGUAAUCAACUACAGGGAGCUAUGCAGCAGUUUAACCAACGAUACCUCUAUUCGGCUUCAAUGUUGUCAGCAGAAAAUGAUCCUCUUGGCCCUUUACCUCCAGGCUGGGAAAGAAGAGUGGAUGUAAAUGACAGGGUUUACUUUGUGAAUCAUAAUACAAAGACAACACAGUGGGAAGACCCUAGAACCCAAGGCUUGCAGAAUGAAGAUCCCCUUCCUGAGGGCUGGGAAAUCAGAUACACAAGAGAAGGUGUUAGAUACUUUGUCGAUCAUAACACAAGGACAACAACGUUCAGUGAUCCUCGUACUGGAAAAUCUUCUGUAUCUAAAGGUGGUCCACAAAUUGCUUAUGAGCGAAGCUUUAGGUGGAAACUUGCUCACUUCCGUUAUUUGUGUCAGUCCAAUGCACUACCCAGCCAUGUGAAGAUCAAUGUGUCCCGGCAGACAUUGUUUGAGGACUCCUUCCAACAGAUAAUGGCUUUAAAACCCUAUGACUUGAGGAGGAGAUUGUAUGUAAUAUUCAGAGGAGAAGAAGGGCUUGAUUAUGGUGGUUUGGCAAGAGAAUGGUUUUUCCUGCUUUCCCACGAGGUUCUGAAUCCUAUGUAUUGUUUAUUUGAAUAUGCUGGUAAGAGCAAUUACUGCCUGCAGAUAAAUCCAGCAUCAACAAUCAAUCCAGAUCAUCUUUCAUAUUUUUGUUUCAUCGGGCGCUUUAUUGCUAUGGCACUCUUUCAUGGCAAAUUUAUUGACACUGGUUUUUCGCUGCCAUUCUACAAACGAAUGUUAAGUAAGAAGCUUACAAUUAAGGAUUUGGAAUCUAUUGAUACGGAAUUUUACAACUCUCUUAUUUGGAUAAGAGACAACAAUAUUGAAGAAUGUGGAUUAGAAAUGUACUUUUCUGUUGACAUGGAGAUACUGGGCAAAGUUACUUCUCAUGAUCUGAAAUUGGGAGGCUCCAAUAUCCUGGUAACUGAGGAGAACAAAGAAGAAUAUAUUGGGUUAAUGGCAGAAUGGCGCUUUUCUCGAGGCGUGCAAGAGCAGACCAAAGCGUUUUUAGAUGGUUUUAAUGAAGUUGUUCCUCUUCAGUGGCUUCAGUAUUUUGAUGAAAAGGAAUUGGAGGUUAUGUUAUGUGGCAUGCAGGAGGUCGAUUUAGCUGACUGGCAGAGAAAUACAGUUUAUCGGCAUUACACAAGAAAUAGCAAGCAGAUCAUUUGGUUCUGGCAGUUUGUGAAGGAAACGGACAAUGAAGUUAGGAUGCGAUUGAUGCAGUUUGUCACCGGAACCUGCCGCCUUCCCUUAGGAGGAUUUGCUGAACUCAUGGGAAGUAAUGGCCCUCAAAAGUUUUGCAUUGAAAAAGUUGGGAAGGAAACCUGGUUGCCAAGAAGUCAUACCUGUUUCAAUCGUUUGGAUCUGCCGCCAUAUAAAAGCUAUGAACAACUGAAAGAGAAGCUGCUUUUUGCAAUCGAAGAGACAGAGGGAUUUGGACAAGAAUAAAAGGGGCUCCCUCGCUCAGAAGCUCUGGUAUUAAAAUACUCAGCCAAGUGAAAUUGCACAGAGAUUGUAUAUAAGCUGUUUGUUAUGUACAGUGACCUUUCUGGAACUCUAAAAGUAUAAAUGUCCUCCGUUCUUCCACAGAGAUAUGCAAAGUAAUUCAGCCUUUUCUACUUUAUUUAUUGCCCCUGGAAAUGAUGAACCAGGAAAAACCCCACACCCUUAAAUUUUAGAGCAGACAAGGGACUUUAAAAAGUGGAUGAGUAUGGAUGCUGAGGGCUCUAGUUUUAUAGAGCUCCAAGUGCACGAAGCGUUUCAGCUGGCGAAGCGCCUGAUUUGCUUGAACCUUGGCCAUACGACCCAGAAGCAAGGGCUGAGGUGCUUCCCGUCCUCACUUCAGCAACCUCUCCCAAGGUUGUUUUACUGCAUGGCUCUUCCAAAAUGUGUUGUUAAAUGGCUUAGGCCAAAACUUACCUUGAGUAGGUAGGAAAAUGCUGCUGGCUUUCUGACCUGACAGAUGCCUGGUUCUGUCGGUUCCAUUUUAAAAUCCACCUAACUAGCCGAGCAACCCCUUCUCGGCUACUUGAUCGUUAUAGCCAAAGUCAAGACGAAACCUUUACUCAUGAAAUCAUGUGUGAUAAAGUGAAUGUUUAGCCAUUGAUGCCACUUUCACUUGACUCUCCUGUAGGGCUGGGACAGACUUUAUCGAGCAGCAUUGAGCUUUGUUUACAUGUUACCUGGGGGUAGUGGGUAAUCAGGAAAGUUAGAAAAAAAUACAAGGGAAAUUCUCAUACUCUUAUAAAAGGUUUUUUUACCUGGUAAUUCAUAGUAAAUGAUGUUAUUUGAAUCUUAGGGGUAUUUGAAAGGUGAUGUGAACUGUUGCUGCUUUUGUGUUCAGGUUUGGUUCUAAAACCCAAAUGGAGUACAUAAGAUCUGAGACACUCGAAGUGUGAAACUAAUAAUCUUCUAUUAGCAUUAAAUAUUUUCAUCCCUCUUUAAAUUCAUGUAAAAUUCAUUAUACCUGAAUUAAGUGUAUAUCAUUCUUGUCAUUUUUUUUACGCAGGCCAAGUUAUUUUCUGUCCUAAGUGAACAUCAUUUAGAAACUUUUUAAUUGUUUUAUCCGUAUUGAGGGCAUUUGCUGAACAACUGCAAAGAUGUGUAACAAAUUAUAAAUCCAAGAUGAAUUAUAUUAAAUGCUACUUUUAGCAAACUGUGCUUCCUUAUUAACAGAAUAUGAAGAUUUAAAGUACCAUUUGUAUCAUGCUUUCAAUAUGCACUGUAAAUUUCAUUAACUUAUACAAAAUUUUGUAUACCCAUGAAACUGAUUUCUUAGAUUAAGUGAUAUCUGUAACAUAUCAACUAUUUCACUACUCACUGAAUGCAGAAAAUACUGGCAUACUACUUAUCUUCCCAAUACAACAGUGUUUAUUUUGCCAAAAUUUUAUUUUUCUACAUAUUAACUUAGAUUGUGUUCUGCCUUUUUAUUCAAAAUCCAGUUUCCUUUGUAAAGGUUAAAAUAAAAGCAGUGAUCAAGGUG